GACCUUUCUUUUCCCGGAGGCAGCCAUACUGAUCGAAAAUUUAGGAAAAACAUAUGCAAGAAACUGCAGCUGUAGAUAAUUAAAGCAAGUGCAGCCAAUAGUUUUCCGCGCCAGUGUUGACUUCAAGGGCCUGCCGUUGAAGUAACGCCAAUUGCGCUACUUUCGAGUGAAUCUAAUUGCGGAGUGCCCGAGGGAUCCGGAAUUCGUAACGCCAUGGACUCAGCCACCAAUCUGCUGGAGCAGCACAGCUCGACGGGCGACUUGAGCAGUGGAGCCCCCGAAGUGGAGGUGAUCACCAAGGCCAGGGCCUCCUUUGCCAUGGAUUCCACCGGGAACGCGACCGCCGAGGGAGUGACCACCACCACGGCCACUCUGCGGGCGUCAGGAUCCGAAGAGGACAUCUUCGAACAGGUGCAGAUGAUCCUGCGCAAGCGACGCGGCUGGGGCCCAGAGGAUUCUCUCAGCGCCAAUGAUCUGGACCUUCUCGGGUACGACGAUGAGUUGGCCGAAGAGGAUGACGCCGGUUGCCCUCUGCCCUCCACCCCGGAGGACACACAGCUAAUCGAGGCAGAGAUGACGGAAGUGCUAAAGGCUGGUGUUCUAUCCGAUGAAAUUGAUUUGGGAGCAUUGGCCCACAAUGCCGCCGAGCAGGCGGAGGAGUUUGUGCGCAAGGUUUGGGAGGCCAGCUGGAAGGUGUGCCACUACAAAAAUCUGCCCAAGUGGCUGCAGGACAACGACUUCCUGCACCGCGGCCAUCGCCCACCGCUGCCCUCGUUCCGCGCUUGUUUCAAAUCUAUUUUCCGCGUCCACACGGAAACGGGCAACAUCUGGACACAUCUGCUGGGCUGUAUCGCCUUCAUCGGAGUGGCUUUGUACUUCAUAUCGCGGCCUUCGGUUGAGAUUCAAACGCAGGAGAAGAUCGUCUUUGGCGCCUUUUUCGUCGGGGCCAUCGUGUGCCUGGGAUUCUCAUUCGCCUUUCACACUCUAAGCUGUCACUCUGUAGAGAUGGGAAGACUGUUUUCUAAACUUGACUACUGUGGAAUUGCGCUGUUGAUCAUGGGCUCCUUUGUACCUUGGCUGUACUAUGGCUUCUACUGUCAUUACCAGCCGAAGGUUAUUUACCUGUCGGUGGUGUGCGUACUGGGCGUUCUCUCCAUCGUUGUCUCCCUGUGGGAUAAGUUCUCGGAGCCUGCACUUCGGCCCUUGCGCGCUGGCGUGUUCAUGAGCUUUGGCCUGUCGGGUGUGAUUCCAGCUAUUCACUAUAGCAUCAUGGAGGGCUGGUUCAGUCAGAUGAGCCGCGCCAGUCUGGGAUGGCUUAUUCUGAUGGGCCUGCUCUACAUCCUAGGCGCUCUGCUGUAUGCUCUUCGUGUUCCCGAGCGUUGGUUCCCCGGAAAGUUUGACAUUUGGGGCCAAUCACAUCAGAUAUUCCACAUACUGGUUAUUGCUGCUGCCUUCGUGCACUACCAUGGCAUCUCCGAAAUGGCAAUGUACCGGGUCAUGUACAGCGAGUGCACCGUUCCCAUCGAACCGAUAUCCUUCUAGAUGCUUAAGCGGAUGGCAAGAAACAAUCAUCGUAAAAGCACAUUCAAUCCCAUACAUUUUCCAAUAACAUUAUACAAAUUAUUGUGAAGUAGCACACUUUUACAAUGCAACCUUUUUAGCGUUUGGUGCGCAUUUGUACCUUGUUAAACAUAUUCGACGGAAUCAUAAUCAAGACACAAACACACGAAUUACGCGCAUUUAUCAUCAAAAUCUUUCAUCUUACAAAAGAAAACCUAGCAAAAACAGUUGAUUGUCGAAUGAAAUCUGCAGUAGAGUAAUUAAUAUAUGUACAAUUAUUUAUAAAAUUCCAA